AUGGAUACAAACAUCCAGCGAGCUUUGAACGAUAAGCUUUACGACAAGCGGAAAGUCGGUGCUCUCGAGCUCGAAAGGGUCAUUCGGGAGCUGGUGGCGAGCAAGGACUAUGACAGGGUACAGGCAAUACUGGAUCAGCUCUGCAACGAGUAUGCCUACGCUGUCCACCAGCCUCAUGCCCGCAACGGUGGCUUGAUCGGCCUUGCCGCCGCCGCUAUUGCUCUUGGAUCGCUUGGGGCAGAUUCCGAACUGUCCGUCAAGAAUGGGGCUGAACUUCUAGACCGACUGAUCAAGGAUAUCGUCUCAGAGUCCGCCGCGACCUACGUUAGUGUGUUGGAAAUGCCAGCGGAUCACGUCGAGAGUGAUAAGGACGCCCUUGACGAGCAUGCGGAGUUACCUACUGCCUUCUCUCUCAAACAAUUCAUUCCAUUAUUGAAAGAGCGCAGCUAUACAAUCAACCCCUUCACCAGAACAUUUCUGGUCGGCUGGAUCGUCUUGCUGGAUUCGAUCCCUGAUCUAGAGCUCGUCGUAUAUCUCCCCGAGUUCCUAAGUAGUCUAUUAAAAUUCCUCAGCGACCCCAACAGAGAUGUCCACGUGGCCACCCAGGGGUGCUUGGACAAGUUUCUCAACGAAAUCAAGCGCAUUGCUCGCGUCAAGAAAGGCAUUGCCGAGAGCAGAAAGUCCAAGGGUGAUGGCAAACGUAAGAGAGAAGAGUCCGUCGACAGCGGCAGUGUUCAGGCUGCGCUUGAGGAAGGGGACGAGGUCGACUCAACUACGGCUAAUGAAGAAGACGACACGAGUAGUGAAGACGACUGGGUCCCGGGACAAGAUGUUCAAAUCAACUACAGAGCCAUUCUCGAGAUACUCACGGCUUCUCUCGACUCGCCGUUAGAUGAAGACGGUUUAUUAGAGUCUCUGAGAUGGAUCGUCGAUUUCUUGGACAUCUGCCCAGAGGAAGUGCUUCCUUUCACACCAAAGAUACUGGCCCACCUCCUACCGGCCAUGGCAAGCGGAGUUGAGUCAAUCCGUCAAGCUGCCGCAAGAGUCAACACGUCACUCAUGGACUACGUGGUGUCUCUCUCUGACGAACCAGAAUUGCCUCUGUCGCAGAAUGCCUCUCGUAUCCCAGCACCCCUACCAGGGGAGCGACAGGAUGGCGCCUCAAGCACUCCCCCGGAGCUGUCCGAAUUGAGAAAACGUCUGAGAAAUCUGGAGACCAAGGACGGCCAAACAUUCUUCGUUGCUCUUUUCCGCUCCUGGUGCUACAACGCGGUAGCAACCUUCUCGUUAUGCUUGCUUGCGCAAGCCUAUGAGCAGGCCUACAAUCUCCUACAGAUUUUUGCUGAAUUGGAGAUGACGGUCAAUAUUCUCAUUCAAAUUGACAAGCUAGUGCAACUUCUGGAGUCGCCAGUGUUCACAUACCUUCGCCUCCAGCUGCUGGAACCGGACAAAUACCCUCACAUCUACAAGUGUCUCUACGGACUCUUGAUGCUUCUGCCCCAGUCGUCGGCAUUCGCGGCACUGAAGAACCGCCUGAACAGUGUGAGCUCAGUAGGCUACCUGCAUAUCGCGUCGAGAACGUAA